CUCUGUGCCAAAAGUGACGUUUUUUAAUUUAUUGUUUUGUGUGAACGUAUGUUGAUAUGAAGUUAUUGUUUUCAAAUUAAAUAAUAAAAGACAAGAUGGGUAAUGCUGACACAAAAUUAAACUUUCGAAAGGCGGUUGUCCAGUUAACUUCAAAGUCGCAGCCUAUAGAUGCGUUGGACGAUAGCUUCUGGGAUCAGUUCUGGUCAGAGAGCGUAACCAACGUACAAGAUGUAUUCGCAUUGGUUCCCGGUGCGGAGAUACGUGCCUUGCGCGAGGAAUCUCCUAAUAAUUUAGCAACGCUGGUUUACAAGGCUGUGGAAAAACUCGUCAAGGUCGUGGACAGCAGCUGUAGGACGCAGAGAGAACAGCUGAUCGCAUUGAACUGUGCACGUCUUCUUACCAGAGUAUUACCAUAUAUGUUCGAGGAACCCGAGUGGCACAGCUUCUUUUGGUCAUCGCUCCCGGCUGCAGCUGAGAAUGACUCUGUACCAUUAGCACAAUCACUGAUAAAUGCCGUUUGUGAUCUACUCUUCUGCCCAGACUUCACAGUAACGAGCACUAAAAGGGCAGGUCCAGAUCGUGCAGAAGAGCUAUCCGGCUUGGACAGCUGCGAGUAUAUCUGGGCUGGAGGUGUCGGCUUCGCUCGCAGUCCUCCGAGACACGCGCCCCACGAAGCUGCCAGAACCGAGCUGCUUCGUCUUCUUCUCGUCUGCUUCAGUGAAACCAUAUACAAGCCACCGCAGCAGGCGGCCUCACAUCACAACAGAUGGAUCGCGUACUUCACGAGUCCGGACAACCGCCACGCCCUGCCGCUGUUCACGUCGUUGCUGAACACUGUCUGCUCUUACGACCCCGUUGGACUCGGCCUGCCGUACAACCAUCUGCUUUUCGCUGACACGCUGGAGCCACUAGUUGAGGUGGCGCUUCAAAUUCUCAUCGUCACUCUGGACCACGACACGAGCAACGCAGUCAGCGAGGACUCCGAGGAAGUGCUGCCGGAUAAUCUGUUCAUAAACUACUUGUCUCGCAUCCACCGAGACGAGGACUUCCAGUUUGCCCUGCGAGGGGUGACCCGUCUGCUGAACAACCCGCUCGCGCAGACCUACCUGCCCAACUCCUCCAAGAAGGUCAACCUUCACCAGGAGCUGUUAGUGCUGUUCUGGAAAAUGUGCGACUAUAAUAAGAAGUUCAUGUACUACGUGCUGAAGAGCAGCGACGUGCUGGAGGUGCUGGUGCCCAUACUGUACCACCUCAACGACUCCAGGGCCGACCAGUCCCGCGUCGGUCUCAUGCACAUCGGCGUGUUCAUAUUGCUUCUCUUGUCCGGGGAACGGAACCUCGGCGUGAGGCUGAACAAGCCGUACGCGGCCGCCGUGCCGAUGGACAUCCCGGUGUUCACGGGCACUCACGCCGACCUGCUCGUCGUGGUCUUCCACAAGAUCAUCACCACCGGGCACCAGCGUCUGCAGCCGCUCUUCGACUGUCUACUCACCAUACUAGUUAACGUGUCGCCGUACCUCAAGACGCUGUCCAUGGUCGCGUCGACCAAACUGCUGCACCUGCUGGAAGCCUUCAGCACCCCCUGGUUCCUGUUCUCGCAGCCGCACCACCACCACCUGGUCUUCUUCCUGCUGGAGAUGUUCAAUAACAUGAUACAGUAUCAGUUCGAUGGUAACUCCAACCUGGUGUACACGAUAAUACGCAAGCGCGCCGUGUUCCACAACCUGGCCAACCUGCCGCACGAGCACGCCGCCAUCGCGCGCUCGCUGGCGGGCGCCGGCGGGGGCGGGGCGGCCGGGGGGGGCGCCGCGCCCGCCGCCUCCGCCCUGCCCAGGUCUCGCAGCACGGAGUCAGUGGCGGAAACUGCCAUGGAAGGUUCCAGACCCGCGCAGCCUGCCGAGCCGGGGACACUUAACGCCACACUGCCCGAUACACCAGCGCUGGGAACCAUGACGGAGCGCGAGUCCGCACAUCCGCCGGCGGCCCGGGAGCGCCUGCUGCCGGACGGGACCGAGCAGCACGACAAGCCGGACAAGACCACCGCGCCUAAGGAGAGCGGGUCGUGGCGCCCGACGGCGGAGUGGGUGGGGGGGUGGCGCGGGAAGCUCCCCCUGCAGACCAUCAUGAGGCUACUGCAGGUCCUCGUGCCGCAGGUCGAGAAGAUAUGCAUCGACAAAGGUCUGACAGACGAAUCGGAGAUCCUCCGUUUCCUGCAGCACGGCACCCUGGUGGGGCUGCUCCCCGUGCCGCACCCCAUCCUCAUCAGGAAGUACCAGGCCAACGCCGGGACGGCCGCCUGGUUCCGGACUUAUCUCUGGGGAGUUAUCUAUAUACGUAACGUGGAUCCUCCUAUAUGGUACGACACAGACGUCAAACUGUUUGAAAUACAACGGGUUUAGUUCAAUAAUAAUGAUAACCAAAUUACCUAUUUAUUAUUCGAAUAUGCCUUCGACGUACGAGGCUGUACGGCCACGUAUACUUUGGUCUUAUGAAAAGUAUAUCUUUGAACAUGGCAUUUUAAAUCUGGUGUCAGCUGUUUUUCUAUUUAAAUUAAAUUAAUAUAAGUACUUUAUUUUUUGAUAAAAGAGAGAUAGUAUUUUGUUUUCGAUUCAAAAAGUUAAAGAUGUAUUUAAAAUGCCUGUAAGUCAAAAGAAAUUGGCCUUCAUAAUAUAAUUGGUAUUUAUAUUAAGUUUGUCUUGAUAGAUUAAUCUAUGUCGGUCAAAUUUUGACACGUUGACCAAAGCCAGUCUAGUUAAGUCCUUAGGAUUAGUGCACGUUAGACAUCGAUAGCUAUUUAAGUCGAAAACUAUCGAUAGUUUUUCAAACAUCCAACCUUCUAGAGAUGUCUGAAUUGGUAAUAAAAUCACCUAUCGAUAUUGCAAAAUACUUAUCGAUUAUCAAUAAUCUAUCGAUGUUCAACGUACACUACUUAGGAUAUUCCUUGUGGAGGCCUGUAUAAAAUGAAAAUGGCUAUUGAUUAAAAAUAUUAUUUUUUUGUUAAGUUUUGCUUUUUUGUAGUUUAUUAUUUACGCGGUAUGACAUAAAGUCGGCACGAUCCGUGAGAACAUGAAUUAACUAAGAGCUUAUACAUACAAUAUAUUCCUGACAUAGAAUUGGAUAACUGAAUGACAUUGGAGAGUAGAUACAAGGAAUAUAGAUUACAUCUAAAAGUGUCUGUGAAAGUAAGAUGGCGCCACUGUUACCAAGUGUGAAUUUAAAAUAAUCCCUAUUUUAAAAUUCAAAAGAUUACGAUAGAAUUAUACAAGGAACGAUGCAAAAUACUAUUAGAUAUGUACAUAUUUGAUGGAGAAAAACCUGAAUAAUUUAAUAAAAUGUAUUUUUGAAGCUUUUGAAGGAGCUUAGAAAAAGUUAGUACCGUACAAUGGGGUAAAUAGGGACAAAAUCGACCUUCAGAUUGAAUUUUAAAAUAGUUCCAAUUAAAUAGUCACUGCUCAACCAAAGAAAUAAGUUGAGUCUUGAACGUACCUAGGUGAUAAAAACCGUUACAUUAUUUUAAUUAUUCAUUUUAAAGAAAUAAUGGGUAAAAUAAUGGCCGUCCCAAUUUACCCAGCGUCCGGGGUAAGUUGACACGGUUAAGGGUUAAAUUGGGAUAUUUGUAAGGGUUGUCAACUCGCAGUACUGCGAUAUAUAGGUAGGUGCAAUAUAAUUAUUUAUAUGGACCGAAAUGAUGAAUACAAUCCAUAAUUUAAGCACAAUACACGACAUAGUGUAAAUUAAGCUGGUUUCUAUUCCAAAGCGAUGUGACGUGAAUGAUAAUCAACAAUACAAUGAUCAAAAAAAGUAUGUGCAUGUUAUAUUUUAGAAAAUUAUUAUUUAAUUUCCUUAAAAAUCACAACUCUGAAACAAAAUCAUAAAAUAGAAUAAAAAAUAGAAAACAAAAGGACUGGAAAUGCAUUAAUACAAUUUUAUUUAAUCAACAUUUUCAAAAUGAUCUUUGAGCAAGAGUAAGAUAUCAGGUGAAUAAGAUAAAAAAACAGCUUUAUCUGAUUACUGUCAAUAAUAACAAAAAUAAAAGAAAUUCUUUCCAAGCUAAAUAAGUAAACUCAAUUAAUUCACUCACUCAUAAUUGGAUAUCUCGGAUUUUUAAUUAAUGUUACAUUUAAAAUCUGAGGCCUGUUUUUAUUUGUGUGUGUUCGUUGUGAAUGUUAACAAAAUUAUGAUUCGACGCGUGAAUAGAUUCUGAAAUAUCAAAAGUUUUGAUUCGUUUGAGUUCUUUUAACUUUUAAUUUUUUUUAUUGCUAUAAAGAACAUACGACCGGGCAGAUAUUACAAGGUAAAUGUCGCGAAAAAAAGUAAUAAUAUAUAUACUUUUCUUUUACCUAUAAUACUUACAUAAACUAACUGAUAAACACAUUAACCUUCUUUACAUCACGCAAUUAAGUGAUAGUAUAGGCUAAAAAAUCUAUAAGAUAUCAGUGACAACCAUAACAAGCCAUCCCUAUUUUGUCUUUUGGCGUUCCAAUUUUGUGUUUUCUCGUCCCUAAUUUUUCCAGUCUCGUUCCAAAUUACCCUACAUACGUCCCAAUUUUCCCCAAAAAGAAAGGAAAAAAUAUACAUUUUUUAUUUUGUCGAAAUAUUGUAUUUAAAAUAAGAAUAUUGCAACUUACCGUUUGUUGUGGUAUUUCCAGGUGUAUUAAAAACUUAUAUAAACUGUGAUCUUAUUGAAAAAACAACGAUAAUAUUACUUUUUUUAAAAGUUCUUUAAGCUGUUUUAAAACGCACUUUUCAACCACUAUUUUAAAUAUAAUUUGACGAAUUUUUGGGACCAACUAAACUCAUGUUUAGUACUUCCAUAGUUAACUUGGUUUUUCUUCUAUACAUUGAUAAAUAUUACCUUAAAGAAAAUUAGGUAGAUUCCGUGCUACAAGUACUUUAAGGAAUCUUCCGCAGGUUUGUCCCAAUUUACCCCAGAAUCCCAAUUUACCCCAUGUCAUGGUAUGUUUGUGCGGUCUAUCAAAAUAUCCUUGUUUACGAGAACCAAUUCGUUAUUUAAGUUCAUGAUUAAUUUUGGAAAUAUUUAUUUCAUUGGCUGACCUAUCCGCUACAGUAUCUGUAAAAUUACCUUGUUAUAAUUUAUAAAGUUAAAAAAGUUAUCUAUAUAUUAAUACGUGAAGCAAAAAUUUUGUAUCUCUUUUUACGAAAAUUGCGCGGACGGAGGAGUAUGAAAUUUUUCACACUUAUAGAGAAUAUAGAGAAGAAGUGCACAAUGCUAAUAUUUUUUUUAAAUAAUGCAUAAAAGAUACAUUAAAUCAAUAAAGAAAACUAAUAUUACACACACUACAUACCAUGUAUUUGACGCACACACGCAUGCAUACUAUUUAUGGUCAAACUUUUGUUCUUGACGUCUGUGGACAAAUUGAGAAUAGGUUAAAUAUUGUUUGUCUUUAUUAAUAUUUUUUUAUAGGGUAGUCUUGGCGAAAUUUGUGAUUAUAGAAGUAUAAAUACAAUCAUAAUAGUAUACAAAUUUACAAUUCCAAUUAAUUAUAGUCGAAUUUCGACUACUGCGGGACCUCUAGUUAUAUUAAAUUCCUAAACAAGAUUAAAAAAUUCGGAUAUCUCACUUUGAGGUAUUGGCAAAGUGAUGAUUUUCGAAACUUGUAUGCAUUCAAAUUCAUCUUUAAAAUGUCAUUAGUGUCAGUUGUGGCAACUGUCAAAUAUACUGAGUUAGUAAAUAGCUACCCGCAACAUUCCUGAGUUGAUAUAUCAAGCCAUAUGAUGUACUAGUGUAGUGCCAUUUCGGUGACUUAGUGAAUGGCUAAUCAGUGCCUUAAGAUCACUAUACUGACUUGUUCUUUAUAUAAAAUACUCCAUCUCUUCGUGUGCCCUCCAAUUCAUAGCUCAACGUAUGUAGAGAUUUAGAGAUGCAAGUUUAAUCUCUUUUUUUUUUUGAGAAUUCGGACAAAAUUGGCAAUGGAGUUAAAAAUACGUAUAUAUCUCCAAGCAAAGCUAUUUUUGUAUCAGUCAUUCAAACUGAGAAGAAAGUAAAAGAAAAUAAAUUAACUGUCUUCUCUUUGUCAACGGAGCAUCAAACCGGUCCCAGAGAGGCCACUUGCAAUACGAACAAUUUGAUUACCCAAGUCUGUUUGUUCGUAGACGUGGACGCCUUCAGCUCUAACCCUAGGAGCAGGCUUAGGGACCCCGUUAACUCGACAAAGAGGUCGCCGUGCAACCUAACCCAUGAAUCAGCUCAGUGAGUUUCUCGCCGGAUCUUCUCAGCGGGUCGCGAUUCCGAUCCGGUAGUAGAUUCAUUCACAAAGCAGCUACUCUUGAGUUGUUAGGUCUCCUUCGGAGGCGCUCGCGUAGCUAUUAGCAAAUCCCACUCCUCCUGGCUGAGCCUUUGCUCGCCCACCUGUCCUGGUGAAACUGGAAAGGCCUCCGAGCCACCAGUAAUCGUCCAAUCCUAAAAAAAAUCGUAGACGUGAUUUUGCGUCUACUAGCUAAACACUACAAAAUUUGGCACUCGCACCAUCUCUCUCAACAGACUUUAUAAAUUAGGUACUCUAUUUACAUACUAUAAUACUUUAUUUAUUUAUCUGGAACUCGGACACGCAAAUUCGAGACGUAGCUUAAAUCUAUUUUAAGAUCAGAACAAGAUGUCGGUACACGCCUACUUAUUAUUAAAAUGUUAAACACUAUACGUAUUUUUUUAUAUUAUCUAUAGUAUUUUAAUAGUGUAGCGAAAAGGCAUGUAAAGAAACCAAAUUAUUAUUAUUGUUCGUUGUACGUAAAUGCACUAUUAUGGUUUUUUUUUAAUUAUAUAUUGUUUAAUACCUUGAGACGUGCUAAAUCAUGUAUUUUUAAGGAAAUUUGUUGUUUAGAAACUGAAACAUAACACACUUCAAAAGUUAAUCGAACAAGAAUUUAACAAUUUUUUUUAUUUGUAAUUUGCUGCUCAAUUAUAUAGUGCAAAUUAUUAUAUACUUAAAAUAUCAUAGCCAUAAAAUUAAUAGUAUUGUCAUCGAACCUUGACACGUGUGCAAAUAUUCAAAUGAAACUGACGUUUUGAAGUAGAUGAAUAUUACGUUAAUACAUUCCACUACAUAAAUAUACAUAUUAUCGAGGAGUGAAAUACUAUUGGUAUAAGCGGUAUAGAUAUAUUUUAUAUAUCUAUUAUAAGCGACAUUUUUGCAAGGAAAGCCAUUUAAAGUUUAAAAUUUGGAAAAAAUAUCAUGACAAAAAAAAACUUCUUCAGCUACCUAUUUCAAUGGAGUAAGCUUAAUUGAAGAUUGAUUAAAAACAUUGAACUGUUGAUGCUAAUACCAAAUAAAACGUAUUAAGCGAAAUAUCACUUAAACCAAAUAGCAUUUUAACCCUCGAUAUGAAGCUAAUGACAGUGCGCUAAGAACGGCGGUAAAGGCACGGUCACAAGCACGGGGAAUGACGCAGUGCUCUGACCAACGAAGCUACAUCUAUCGGCAAAAACUGAAGUCACGUUAACGCAAUCUUUGAUCCUUCAGACUACCGAGCAGAGACAGCAGACCCUUUCAUUGGGAAACACAAACUUGAGUUCGAGAAAGAGUACAAAUUGUACUCAGGUCGCGAUGGGUCCACAGUAGAACCAUAAGGCUGGUCGUGGAGGGAGGAACUACCGUGAAUCCGCGCGGCGCUUAUUACUUAUGUUUUGCAUUUUUAGAGUUAUUAUCAAUACUAUUAUAACUUAACAAAUUAAUAAUUAAUGUCUUAUAAAUUACCUGUGAUCUUAUUUAUUUGGUUUGUUUUUCAAUGUAUACCUUAACGAAAUGUUGCCUGCAAAGAAAAAAAAACGCUAAAGUGAUCUGAGUGACGCAACCUCUGUUGUACUUUACCGAAUAAUGUGUUUGUAAGAAAUCUCUGUGAUUGAACAAAUCAAUUUAUUAUUUUUACUCGCGCGAUUAGUGGCUAAGUUAAUAUUCGAUGCGUUUUGGUGUUUUAAAACCAAGAAUAUACUAAAAAUUAUCAUUUCUCUAUGUAUUGUCUAUAUACUUAUGUUUUGGGAUCUCUUCAAUAAAUUUUAUUAAUAAAUGAUAAUUCUAAUACGUAAUUACAUCACUAACAUUUGUUUUAAAUUGUUAUAAAUGUUAAAAGUGUAAUAGUGUAAAAAAAAGUUUUAAAACCAAAAUUAAACUUAAAAUUAUCAUGUUACAUUCCUCUGUGUGUUGUCUAUGUACUUAUGUUUUGGGAUCUCUUCAAUAAAUCUUAUUAUUCAUUGAUAAUACCAAUUAUAAUUGCAUCACUAAAAUUAGUAUUUUAAUACCAUUUAGAUGUUAUGUUUGUUAUGAAAGUAAUAUAAUAUGAAUUAUUUGUAGUUAAUAUUAGCUAAAUAUAUAUUUGAGAAUAUCUAUAGCUUUCACUACGAUAUUUCUCCUUUUGAAUACCUAGUUUGUGAUGAAAAAUAAUCGCACUUAUUUUAAAAAAAAACGAGUCAAUCCGCUAUUGUGUUAGAUAGUAGGUAGGUAGUUAAUUAAAAGAACAUAAAUUUUUACCAAACCACUGACGUAUGAGCAAUUAAACAGUGAAUUAAACGCAUAGAGUUACUAUUCUAACUGGAGUGCUUACUUCGUUUGACAUAAAAACUAAAAAUAUACUUUAUCUCUAUGGCUUAAAGUUUAUUUUUAAAUAGCAAAAGAUGUAAGGAAAAACGGUCUGAAAAGAGAAUGAUUAUUAAGUGGUGGUGUCCCUCUCGCACAUUUUACAAACAAAAAGCAGUGUUGCUAGCUUAGAGGAUUUUCCAUAAAAUCUCGGAAUUUGGACCCCCGUCUUAGUUAUCAAAAAUGGCUUUUAGUGGUUAGUGGAUUUUUUAGUAGCUUGGGCGUUGUUGAAAAUUAUUGAAAAGGUUAAAAUCAAUCCACUUUACAGGAUUUUAAACAUUUUAUGACAAUAAUAUAUCUAAAUACAUAUUAUUUAAACGAUGUGACUUAAACUUAACUAGAAAAUAUUGCGACAAUUUAGAAUUUCCAUCAACGUCAAAAAUUAAAUUGGUUCAACAUAAACGUACAAAGUUAUGGUGAAUUUAUUUUCUGAUGAUGACAAUUUAUUAAAAUAAAUUAUAUAAGAAGUAUUGAUUAUAUGAUAUAUAUUGAUUUUUAAUAGAACAUCAUAUAUUAAUAAAGCUCAUUAACAAAAAAAAUAUUGUUCUAUAUUAAUAAGAACUCUGUUUAAUGGAAAAUUUUAUGGUAGGUACGUAGAUUUCUGAUGGUUUUCAUGUUGAAUUUGGUGGGAAGCCAGAUUAAUUGUUGGCAUCACCGAAAAAGAGCUAUGAAUGGAUUAAAAGAAAAAUGGCGUCUAUUUACGUUUGUAGUGCGAAGUUAAAAUGGCACUGAUACAGCUUGUGGCUUGUUUUUUUUUCGAAAAUCGUGAAAGUUUCCGUGUAAUCAUGGUGAACACUUUUAAUAUAAGUGGUUUUAAGCGAGAAUCCUCUCCAGUUUGUGGAAUAUCCUUCCAUAUGUCAGAUUCAUUGAUAAAUUUUUACUAGUGUGAGCAUAUAUUUUUAAAAUGUGAGAUAUAUUUUCUCAUUAUAAUAUUUAAUACCAUUUGUCUUGUAAAUUGUACUUAAUCUAUGUCAUAUACUAAAUUUGAAAAAACAAUCGUGAAAACUAUAAUUUUGCAAUGUAUUUUUCAUAUUAUAAGAGCCAUCACGUGGUAUUUCUUGAACUUUUUUUAUUGUAUUGAAUAGCGUCGCACGCAAGCAUGUAUAUCAUUUGCCUGACGUUAAGCGAACGAGGAGGAUCUUCUAGUAAAUAUGACUUUGGAAUUUCUGGAAAAUGUCCUUUAAAAAGGUCAAACAAGAAGAAUCAAGUACUCAAACGCAAGAAAUAAAAAAUACCCCGAGAAAAGCAAAAUUACGACAAGAUGUUAAGGUAUUGAAACAAAAACUUAAAAGUCGUGAAAUAGUGAUUGUAAAUAUAAAGUCGAUUUUAGAUUUAUUAAAGAAAAAUGGCGAUUUUUAAUUGAAUUGAAAAAUAAAUUGCGAAAUUUUAAUGAUACUCAUGGUCCACUUAGAUAUUGAUUAAAAUAAAUUAUGUAUUUCGUUGAAAAAAAAGAAUUUACUUAAAAAUAAAUAGAGGAAAUGUUAUAUUAUAAGAUUACAGAAAAUUUACUGAACUUAAUAAUAAUAAUAUAACCAAUAUUUUGUAAAUAGAGAUCAAGUACUAUGUGUAUUGUGUUAUGUGUAUUGACUUGUCAUUUAAGAGUUAUUUAAUUGUUUACAUAUAACAAAUAAAUGAAUUUCAGUUCAUUUCAUUUUAUUA